UUAUACUUUUAUUUUGUCUCCAUCUAAUGGAGACUUCAGAACAACACUACUGUAGUAGGCUAUGUGGAAUUCUAAUCGUCAGCCUAAAAUCAUGCAACGGUGACCAAACUCGAUUAUAAAGUAUGCCUAUGUUUUGGCGAUUUUUUAUUUUGUUGCUUAAUCCAUAGCCUUUUUCAGUCAUUACAGACCUUAUUCAGCCAAAUGGGCUGCUGUUUUUUUGGUCCGCUUUUCGGUUAUACAUAUAUUGGUAAAACAGCACACACGGCUAUCAUGCGUGUGAUGGGGGAGAAACAUCGCAGAGCACCGGCGCUAUUGUUUCGUCAUUUUAACUGUAACAUGCGUUAGUCUUAUGACGUGGAAAACUUGAUAUUCACACAUAAAUAGCAGUAACGUAAUGAGAAGUAAACACUUAAGUAUGUAUGUCUUGUGCAGUUGAAAACAGUAACGAUGUGCUCAUACGAAGAUCUUGGGUUCUUCCCAGCAGAGCUCCAAAUGGAGACAAAAAGGCUAGUGUGCAGGAUAAUGGAGGAGACAGGAGCAGAUCUGAUCAACCUGGGAAGAGACGCCACCCUCACACAUGACAAGGGCAGCAUGUUCACGGAGGGGGCCCCUCGGUCUCCCAAGUGCAGAGGGGCCAGUGUGGGGAUGCCGGACCCUGACACCACCAUCUACAUGGAGGACCCGGAAGACGAGGGAUCCUGUGUGGGCGUCAGGAUUUGGAGUUUCUCGGAGCUCCUCAUCCGGCAGGUGACCCAGCUGAUCCUGGAGUCCAGGAGGUGCGGUGCUGAGCCCUUGAUGGACCUGGACUCGGCUAAGGACUACCACGUGGAGCUGCUCUACAGGUUUGUGGAGCAGGUGGUGAAGAACCUCUUGGAGAACAUUACCCACCUGAAUCAGGACCCGCCCACUGUGGAGGCAGAGCUGGAAUUGAGGAAGGAGGCCUCUGUCCAGCUCCGCCCAUCGGAGACUGCUCUGGACGUCCCAUGUGGACUGCCCACUCUGGAGGAGGAGCUGGGCGUGGCACCAUCUUAUGGGUCCAUACAUCAGGUGCCUCUGGCCAGUGAGCUGACAGGUGCAGGGAAGCUGCAGCCCAAAAGCAGGCAGAAGUCACCCAAGUCGCUGUUCGGGCAAACGCAGAUGUUCGUGAACUCAGUGGCCCCAUUGAUUCUUGAAGAUUCACUGGACGGUUCUGCUUCUCUCUCUGCUGUUGAUAAACCCAAGAAGACCCGCUCUUCUCUGACAGCAGCCCUGUCCGGGCUCUUUUGCUUCAGCUGCAGUACAGGCAUCCAUCAAUAGAGGGAGGCAAAACCUUCUUCACAAUUUUGUUCCAUAAUUGUGACAUUGCAGAGCUAAGAAAUAUAGCUUAUAUCUUUAAGAAUCUUUGCUUUUAUCAAGCAAAGCAAUUACCUUUUGUUUUUGUUGGCUCCGUGUGAACUCAGGUAAAGUACCAUAUCUAGAAUAUGGGGAUAAAUUGCCAGAACAGUGAAUUAUGUAUUAGUAUAUUUGGCCACUUUUAAAAUGAUUUUGUUGGCCAGUAUUUGAACAUGCUGUCUGCUAUAAUGUAGUUUCCAUCCCUUUUUUUAAAGCGGAGCAUAUGUGCAUUCAUUUAAUGUCCAGAGAGUGCUAAGUGUAACAUGCAGCUGUGAACGUGCGCUCAUUUUUAAAGCAUCUCAUCGCAUUUAAUGCACCUUUCCAUGAUUACAUUGUAAGCUGCUCUGAAUAGAUGUGCCUACCAAAUAAAAAUGAAAAUAAUUUCUGCGCUGCUAAUUUCCCUGUUUCAGGGCAAAGCUACAGUAAUAGUGUUGUCAGCGGUGCAACAGUGUGACUUUGAAUGAACACAGGCACAUGCAUGCAGUAUGUCUUGUACCUGUACUGUAUUUUAGAGUAGGUUUCCAACCCAUUACUGAGUCACUGCUCAGAAUAUUCUGUGACCCACCCCUUUAUGAAAUGCAGCCUGAAAUGUUCAAGCGGCAUUUAUAUUAUUAAGGGUGUGGUGCAGUGUUUAGUUUGACUGGGAGUCGUCAUGGAAAGUGUAUUGUGGCCCAUCAUCUCACAAGCAUGCUCAGCUCCUCUCACGCAACCACAAAGUAAAAACACUGAUGCGCGUAUUUCAGAGAGAAGGCAAUGGUGGGAGGAGAGGUGGAAGUUGCCAUUUUUGUUAUUUCUUGUUUGGCGUCCGGAAACGUUCUCAUUAUCAUACCACAUCGCACUGAUGCACUGUCUCCUCUGCCUUGAAAUACAAACACAAUUUACUUUGAGGAGGGACAUAUUCAAGGCGAGCUAUCAUGUUAACCACCCCCCUCCUCCCCCACAAAAAAACAGUCCUUCAAGUGUCACACAGGUUGAAAAUUAAGACAAUUUCAUUUAUUUCUUUUUUUCCCAACAAAGUCCAGUACAUCUACAUUAGAUUGCUCACAAACAACCAACAGACAGGAAAGAAUGAACCCAUGUGUUUGUUAGUGAACUGAAUGAAUGCAAUAAUUAAUUUAAUAAAUUAAAGAUAAUCACAUCAGAACUGUUUUACACCCUUUCCCCUCCGUUUCAUAGCAACAUCUUGAGAUCACACAGAUCCUAUGUCUAAAUAGCUUUGUAUUUUGGUUACAUGUAUUAGUAUCUAACCGCUUUUCCAAAAUAAAAAAGCAAAAACAAAAAAUAAAAAAAUCUGAAGAGGAAACGUUACCUGAACCAAAACACAUUAUCACACCAUAAAGGAACCAGAGCCCCAGUAUUAAGUUAUAACUAAUCUCUGCAGAUUAUUUCACCGACAGGAACCAACCAUGUGUACAACCACUGUUGUACACAUCAUCAUGUAUUCAUUUGCCUGUGUUUAUUUAAAACAUUUCAUAUGUGUGUGUGUAUGUAUGUGUGUCUGUAAAUGAGAGAAAUUUAAAUACUAAUAUAGGAGCACCAGCCAAAUAAAUAAAUAAAUAAAGAAAGAAAAUAAAUACGUAAAUGAUAUAUAUAUAUACACACACACACACAUACGUACCUGUGUGUGUAAAAUGCACUGAUAAACUUUCAUAAUAUGUCCACUUUAAAUAUUUCACAGUUCCAAAAUCUACAGUUGCAGUAUUCUUCUGUUACACUUGCCAUAAAUGAAAAAUGCAUCAGAAAUAACAUAAAAAAAAAAAAAAUCAA